GGGAUAACGACGAGUGCAGCUCCUUGGCUGGCCGGGCUGAAAUUAUUGUUUACACAGUCACGGUUAGAGAGCCUAUAUAGGCUCUCUAGUCACGGUCAUCGAGAAAAAUAUAUUUUUACAAAUAAAAUUACCUAUAAAAACCAUAAAACUCGAACGAUAUCCAACCUGACUGGUUUACGGGAUCGUAAUAUAUAUACUCGUACAUAAAUAUUAUCUAUCUCAGACUAUGUUCUUGCAGCUUUGAACCACGAUUUAAGAUAGUACUAUCUUACUACUAUCUUAAAUCGUGCUUUGAACCUACGAAACGUUUUACGAAAUUAAUGCAAUUUCAAAUAAUAUUCACGAAUCGCAUCUAUGCGACAAUUACCUAUCUACUAUCUACCUAUAGAAUUCCACCUGUAUGGCUACCCUGUAGAAUCGGAAUCGGGCUAUCAUAAAUGUCCUCUGGUCCGACGUCCACAGUACCACUAAAAUGACUCAUCAUAAUUUCGAAAAUUUCGAUUUGACUAGUUGGUCGUUUAGAUUUAUUUACCUAUACUACCUACGCUUGGUUUGUUGUACGUUUGAAUCGAGUUGACUGGUAGGUUUUUCGAAUUUAUUACAUCAUUUUUUGCGUAACGAAAUGAAAUACCGGUUUCUCGACUCUAAAUUAACGCUUCAUCACAAUAUAUGUAUGUUUAUUUAAAAUUUUUAAAAAUCGUCAAUAUUGUUUUGCAGCAAUCAUAAUACAACUUUUAUUCAUAAUCAUAAAUAUUACCUUAAUAUUAUAUUAAUAAAAUGACUGAACAAAACAUUUUAGACAAGUCUAUGAGAAGUGUUUUUGUUGGAAAUAUUCCGUAUGAGGCAACUGAGGAAAAACUAAAAGAUAUAUUCAAUGAAGUAGGACCAGUUAUAUCAUUUAAACUGGUGUAUGACAGAGAAACUGGUAAACCUAAGGGUUAUGGUUUUUGUGAAUAUAAAGAUCAGGAGACUGCACUUAGUGCUAUGCGUAAUCUCAAUGGCUAUGAAAUCGGAGGUCGUACUCUACGUGUUGACAAUGCUUGUACAGAGAAAUCCAGACUAGAAAUGCAAUCAUUAAUGAUGGGAAUGCCUACUUCGGAAAGUCAUUAUGGUGAUGCAGUUAAUGCAGAAAAAGCACCAGAGAUUAUAAACAAUGUGGUUUCCACUUUACCACCUGAACAAUUGUAUGAACUCAUGAAACAAAUGAAAGAAUGUAUUCAAAAUAAUCCUGCAGAAGCUAGAAAUAUGUUGCUCCAGAAUCCUCAACUUGGUUAUGCAUUAUUGCAAGCACAAGUUAUAAUGAAAAUUGUGGAUCCAGAAGUUGCCAAAACUAUGUUGCAUCCUGUACAUAAAGUUCCACAAUCACCACGCAUUCCAAACGCCGCACCAACAACUUCAAGAGUUCAGCCAGUUAUUCAAACUACUAAUAAUGAAAAUAUAGAUUGGCAACAUAAUAAUAUGUAUUGUGGGCAAAGCACAAGCCAAGACUUAAGACAGCCACCACCAAAUCAAAUGCCGUUCCUCCCACCGCCACCACCUUUGUUGUCCAAUAUUGAACCUCCCCCGUCAUUUAUGGCUACAAGAGAUUAUCCACGGACAUCCGCAAUGGAUUCAGAUCAACGAUCAUUUGGAGAUAUGUAUUUAGAUCACAGAGCUAAUAAUAAUUUUAUGACCAUGCCACCACCGAUGAUUGUACAACAACCAAUAGCAUCAGAACAAAAAGUACCUCCAAGAAUUAUUCCGUCUUCUCAACCUCAACCUCAACCUCAACCUCAACAAGCACCUAACCAAAUUGUUAAAACAUCUGAUUCUGAAAAGGCUGCUCUGAUAAUGCAAGUAUUACAGUUAACUGAUGCACAGAUUGCAAAGUUGCCUCAAGAACAGCGCCAAAGUAUACUUCAACUGAAAGAAAAAAUUUCUAAUUCUAAUAAAAAGAAAGAUUAAAUCUCAUUUAUUUUUAUUUGUUUUAGUAUAAACUGUUUUCAUUACCACUAAUACUAUUUAAAUUUAUGGUAAUUAAUAAUAUUUAUGCUAUAACUGUACAUUUAUGUAUUUAAAAUACUAAUUAUAGUAAAAAAUUAUUUUAGUUUUAAUACAUUUUGAAUAUAUUGUAGAAAUGUAAUUAAUUGUAUACAAAUAUGGAAUAUUCAGACAUUCAGUUAUUUCAGCACAACUGUGUCCAAUUUCAAUGUACGCAUCCUAUCAAAUUUUGAAAUUAAAUUGUAAAAAUGAAUAUU